AUGAGCAGUUUCCGGCCCCAAAUCAGAUACCUAGUUCGGCCCGGUUGUAGAUGGUUCAUUUAUAAAGGCCCAUUAACGAAACCCAAUAAAAACUCCCUGCUGCCGCCUCCCGCUUGCCGUCACCAGGCGAACGUCCACUGUCUGUGCCCUGCUAACGCCACAGCACUACCACUAACUGCUGCCUCCCUCCUGCGUCCUUCAGGUUUUGUUAAUUGGGAUUUCGCCACUGUUACCGAUGUCGAUUACGAAGUUGAUGAAGAAGAGGAUUCAUGGUCAUCUGAUUCUGAAAUCGGAGAAGCCUUGGAUUAUCUGGACGCCAAAGAUGAUUCAGGAGCAGUUGAUGGAGCUCUAGUACUCAAUGCAAGACGUCCAAAUGCUCAUGGUGGAAUCCACUCGCGGCCUAACGCUUCUCCUCUCCAACCACUCUCUAAUCGGAACCAGAAGUUUACUAAUCAUAUCAGAGCUUCGCCAUUAGAGGAGUGGGAAGGAAGAUGGGAUUCUGGUAUGUCAAACUCUGUCACCACUGCCAUACGUGAAAGUGUCAGAGGGAUGGCCAUUGGUAAAACUAAAACUACUGAAAAAGCUGAUCGAGCAACUGUUGAACAGGCAAUUGAUCCUAGAACUCGUAUGGUUUUAUUCAAAAUGUUGAAUCGAGGUAUUUUCCAUGAUAUCAAUGGCUGCAUUUCAACUGGGAAGGAGGCAAAUGUUUAUCAUGCUACAAGAUCCGAUGGCCAGGAACUUGCAAUCAAAGUUUACAAAACUUCUGUUCUUGUUUUCAAGGAUAGAGAUCGAUAUGUACAAGGUGAUUAUCGAUUUAGAUACGGAUAUUGCAAGCACAACCCAAGAAAAAUGGUUAAGACAUGGGCUGAGAAGGAGAUGAGGAAUCUUAUGAGACUGAAGGCAGCUGGUAUUCGUUGCCCCACCCCAAUUCUUUUAAGACUCCAUGUCCUGGUUAUGGAGUUCAUAGGCAAUACUGGAUGGGCUGCACCCCGGCUUAAAGAUGCUGCACUGUCGCUUGAUAAGCUACGGGAAGGUUAUUUUGAGAUGAUAACUUCAAUGCGUGUAUUAUAUCAAAAGUGUAAGCUAGUACAUGGAGAUCUUAGUGAAUAUAACAUACUUUACCAUGAGGGUCACAUGUACAUCAUUGAUGUAUCUCAAUCAGUUGAUCUUGAUCAUCCUCAUGCACUUGAUUUUCUGAGAGAGGAUUGUGUUCACGUAUCUGAUUUUUUCAAGAAAGGUGGAGUAGCUGUUAUGACUAUCCGUGAAUUGUUUGAUUUUAUUGUUGAUCCUUCGAUUAAUGAAGAUUCUGUGGAUAGUUACUUGGAGGAGGCUCAACAAAAAGUUUUGGCUAGAGGAGAUGAGAUAUCUGCAGAGGAAGAAAUUGCAGAUGCUGUUUUUGUCCAGUCAUACAUCCCAAAGACUUUGGAUAAUGUGACAAAUGCUGAGGAAGAUGUGAUACGAUUGACAAGUGGGCAAGACACUGGGGAUAUGUAUUAUAAGACCAUUACAGGGCUCAAUCAUGCACGAUCUAUUGAACAACAACAGCAUAAUGAAGCAAAUCUUGAACAAAAUGCCCCUGGUGGUGGUCAAACAGAAGGUUUAGACUUGCAAGAUGAUGAUGAAUCAGAGGGUGAAACAGAUGAUGAUGAUGAUGAUGAUUUUUCUGAUGAUGAAAAAAUGACAGCUGAGGAUAAAAAGUCAGCUAGGAAAGAGAAUAAGAAGAAAGUGAAAGAAGAGAAGAGAGAAGCUCGAAAGAGUAAAGUGCCGAAAGCUGUAAAGAAGAAAAAGAAGAAGUUGGCCAAAGCAAAGAAAUAUCGGUAGAGUUGACUUUAUAUAUAUUUAACAAUUUUGAUUCUGGUAUAUUGUAGAAAAUUGAUGACAGUUUUGUAUUGUGACUAGAGCUUUAUUUGCUUGUUUAUUUAUUGUUUACCGGUUUUAUAUCAACUGCUCUGGUGUUAUUGUAUAAUUUGUUGUAAUUUUCCUAUUAUUGAGUGUGUUUGUUAUGUUAGACAGUAGGUGUGACCCAACUUUCUAGUAAGUCUCGACCUUUGUAGAGAGCUGGAUCACACCCGGUAUCUAGUGCAAUAAUGUAUGUACUAAACAGACUUGAUAAUAGAAAAGUUACAAAAGAUAAUGCAAU